AUGGAUUUCCCUCGGGACAUGACCCGGAUGGAACUUGAAAACCCCCGUCUCUCCCCUUCCCCGGAGCUAGAGGAGCUCUUCCACCAGGUCUUCGACUGGCAAGCGUACUCCGGGGACGCUAAGACAUCUGAUCCUUCUUCCCAUCACCAUCUCCGCAAGCAAUCCCUUAGCAGGAUCAUCACCGACAUCCCAUCCUUCAUUAGAGACCUUACUCUUGAGUCCGAUAGGGAUUUCUUCGACAUGCCUUCGUACUCGUCUGACGAUGGACUCACGUCUGACUACUCGGCCGGUCAGACCCCUCCGGACCUGGUCCAGGGCGGUGGCAGCACCUCGCCCUCUGACCACUCGGGGUCAUCUCCCUUCCUAGAGCCACUAGACGAUGGCCACUACCACCCGGAGGCUUCCCUCAGGGAGGUUCAGGCUCAGGACGAUGAGUGGACCUACCCUCAGACCGACCCUUCCAAGGGCAUGGUCCAAGGUUACCCCCAUCACCUGCAAGGCCUAGAAGAUCGCCUCAGAAGGGCCGUCGACCAGUCCUCAAAGCUGAAGCGUCGACGAUCUGGCAAUGACCUAGAGAAGAGGCAACGGCAGUUGGUUGACCCCGGCCAGACGGCAGACGUCCGCAAGAGUGGAGCCUGCCUGCCAUGCCGCGUGUCUAAGACCCGAUGCCAUGAUAGUGGAGUCUGCCCAACAUGCAGGAAGGCGUUCCCAGACCAUUCUCACCUGGCCUGCACUCGCGCCACACCAUCCACGUUUUGGCCCGUAAUGGGCAAGAUCCCCGAUGUUUGGUCCACCAAUCCCAAGGAUGAGGAGCAACUUUGCUCCGGCCCGCGGUUUUACACCGGAAAGCCCCGAGAGAUCUCGGUCUUCUUUACCCCAGACACCAGCCUGCCGGCUCUGCGCGCCACGGUCCAGGCCUACCGGUCGCAAGGGGGCUCCGAGGAGACGGGCAGCCUGACAAAGGCCGACUUCCCUCGAGACUGCGUUCCGAGCCACCAGCUUCUGCAGAGAUGGGUUGAGAACCAGAUCCAGACAGAGCAAAAGUCCGACUUUCAGCAAGCAGUCCAGAGCUUCGUGUUUGCAUACUCGGAAGAGGGCUGGGGACUUCCCAAGCAUGACCUCGUCAACAAAGUCCACAGAAUGAACUGCUUCUUCCGCAUUUGGAAAGCAAGAUCGUUCUGGUGCUUGGAUCCAACCAACAAGCUCACCACUCUCCCACUGUCUGUCCAGGCUCAGCUGAGGAACAUUGCCCGACGAGCCAUUUACUCACUGGAGCAUGACAUUCUCAAGGAGAUGGACGAGUGCAUUGCUCAGCAACUCCCAACAAAGACGCAGGAUAGAAUCGCCAUCUGGGCGAGUAUGUGGCUGCUCAUCCUCAUGUACCGAGAGCUCCUGCAGGGUUUCAAGACCCAUAUCGGCCGCCUGGCGAGCAGCAAGAGCGAAUCAGCCCAGAAUAUUGCCAUUCAAGGACAGAUCUAUAAGCGUCUCGCAGACAGCUUCUUCCCGCUCUUGGUGGUGUUUUACCACUACCAAUUCCGAACAAAGAAAAGCCUGGAGCUGUCACUGGACUGGCUCAAGUCUCCCACUUACCCAGCUGCGGCAUGCCAUAGCAGAGCAAUCCGCGAGGCUGCCCAGCAACUUCUCGACGCUCGCAAAGACCACUAUCAGAAACUGCAGUCUUCAAAGAGCGAGAUUGAUCAACUGCUGUGCGUCUUCGUGGUGAACCACGAGCUCAAGAAGAUGAACGCCAGGAAGCGUCCUUCCAAGGCUAAGUCCUCCAAGCAUGCAGUUGAGGACGACUGUGAUGAUGAUGCCGAGUAA